AUGACAAAAUCAAAAGAUCAGAGCCCAUCCCUUGAUGAGGAAUCUCAAAACACCACCUUUGACGAAGAAGAUGUAAAGACCGUCCAAUGCACAGAAGAUAUUACGUCUACUUGCCCACAGCAACAGCAACAAGAUUACCCAGCAGUGCUUGAAUCAGCUCCAUUUCCUGCAUUAGGCUCAUUAGAAGAGAUCACUCAAACGCUUUCUAGGGUGAAAUCGAAUCAAACACAAAAGAAUGAAAAAUCAAUCUUGGGCGAACUAGAUCAAGAUGAGCAGCUUCCAUUUAAACAGACACCUUACCAUACAGACGGGAUAAGGAAUCCAGGCUGGCUCACUGUGCUAUCGUGUUUUCUUGUCAAUUUCUUUGUAUUUGGCACAACAUUUGCAUGGGGAAAUUAUCAGAAAUUAUACAUAGACGAGGUGUUUGUGGGAAAGACAAAUUUGCUCAAAAUUGCAUUUGUGGGCACAUCUGCUUCUGCUCUCAUGCUUGCUUUAGGCAUGUUUAUCACUCCCGUCAUUCAAAAGAUCGGCUUCAGAGGUACCAUGUGCAUUGGCACCAUUGUCGCUCCUUUGGCGCUGAUUUUGGCCAGUUUUGCCACCGAACUUUGGCAUGUAUAUCUCUCACAAGGCAUUUUGUUUGGUAUUGGAGCAGCCUUUGUGUUUUCACCCUCUGUCACAUUGCCAUCACAAUGGUUUACAGCAAAAAGAGCGCUUGCCACUGGUAUUGCUGUUAGUGGAUCCGGUAUUGGAGGUGUGUGCCUGUCCCCAAUGACACAGAGACUCAUGGUGUCCAUUGGAUAUCGAAAUGCUCUGCGAGUGCAAGGCGCAUUCGGAUUUGGAUUGCUCUGCAUUUCUACUGCCUUGGCCACAAGUCGCUAUCGACCACCUCCAUCUUUGAACUCUAAAAACCGAUGGUACCAUAUUUACGAUAGUAGCUUGAUCUCCCGUCGAUUCUUGUUGUUGCUUGGGUUUAGUUUUUUUGUUCCUUUUGGUUAUGUUGCACCAUUCUUCUUAGCUCCGCAGUACGUACAAAGUAUUGGUCUGGAUACUUCUACUGGUGCAGCCAUGAUCUCCGUAAUGUCGGCUGCUAAUGCAGUGUGUCGAAUCACCUUGGGUUACCUUGCCGAUCGCUCUGGAAGAUUCAACACCAUGUUUUGCUGUACAUUCCUUGCAGGCGUCUUUACCAUGGUGAUUUGGCAAUUCGCCACCAAUUAUGGUGCAUUUGUAGCCUAUUGUGUAUUGUACGGUUUAACAGCUGGCGGUUUCGUCUCCCUGCUGCCAGUGAUUACCGCAGACAUUGUUGGCGUAGAAAACAUUCAAAGAGGGCUUGGCAUGGCAUACAUGACCACUGUUAUCGGCAACUUGCUGGGCACUCCCAUCAUUGGGCUAUUGUUCAACACGUUUGGCUGGACUGCAGCCAUUCAGUUUGCAGGUUCAAUGUCAGUCAUAUCCGCCUUGUUCAUGCUUGUACUUCGAAUGAUCAUGUCUAGAGGCAAAAUCUUCCUCAAAGUCUAG